GUGUGUUCCAGCAGCAGACUGUGGACUCUCAGUAAACACACCGUGUAGUCAUUAACACACAGAACCGGAGCGAACCAUCGUCUCGUCCGUCGUCUCCAUUCUUCACACCUCGUCUUCUUCACCCUCGUCUUCUUCACCCUCUUCGGUCGGUGUGACGGAGGACAUGUCAGCCUCGUCCUCCUCUGUGUGUCCGUCCUCGCCGCGUUGGGGUCGGCGUCCGGCUCAGUCGUUAAGUGUUCUCGGAGGCCCCGCGGGCCCACAUGCUGCUCCGGUCCCGCCGGGCCAACUCCUUCCUGGAGGAGCUGAAGCCUCCGUCCGUGGAGCGCGAGUGCGUGGAGGAGCGGUGCAACUUCGAAGAAGCACGAGAGAUUUUCCAAACUAGGGAAGCGACGCUGGAGUUCUGGACGGUGUACACCGAUGGGAACCAGUGUAACUCCAACAUGUGUGUCCACGGAUCCUGCGUGGACCUGUUCCAGGGCUACGCCUGCCGCUGUAACCCCGGAUACGAAGGCAAAUACUGCAACCUGCCUCAAUUGGCGACUAACUGCUCGCUGGACAACGGCGGCUGCGACCACGAGUGUCGGGACGGCGAGGACGGCCUGACGAGGAUCUGCAGCUGCGUCAGCGGAUACAAACUGCUCGACGACGCCAUGAGAUGUGCCCCGAAAGGUGAUUCGUCCUGUGGACAGCUGCUGAUCGACAGGUCGUCAUAUUCCAAACCGAAGGACGGCCUGUUGCCCUGGGUGAUGGGGGGGGAGGUGGGGAAGAAGGGCGAGAGUCCCUGGCAGGCACUGUUGCUGAACGCCCGGGGGAAGUUCCACUGCGGGGGGGUCCUCAUCCAUGAGAGCUGGGUGCUGACCGCCGCCCACUGCCUCGAAAACAACCUCCGGUUCAGAGUACGACUGGGCGACUACAUGCGUCACAAGGACGAAGGCAGCGAGGUGACCCUGAAGGUGGAGAAGGUCUUCAAACACCCGAACUACGACAGCAUGUCGGUGGACAACGACAUCGCCCUGCUGCGCCUGCAGACGCCCGCCCCGCAGACCGACUACAUCGUGCCCGUCUGUCUCCCGGGACAGCAGAUGGCGGAGCGGGUGCUCCACCUGAACGGCACCCUCACCGUGGUGUCUGGGUGGGGCAAAGACGACCUGAACAGCACCAUAUACAGCUCGGCGCUCAACGUCAUCAAGGUCCCGCUGGUGGACCGCAGCGUCUGCGCCCGCCAGAUGUCCCACAACAUCUCCGACAACGUCCUCUGCGCCGGGGUGCUGGGACAGAAGAUGGACGCCUGCGAGGGGGACAGCGGCGGACCCAUGGUCACCCUGUACCGGGACACGUGGUUCCUGCUCGGCCUGGUGUCCUGGGGCGAGGGCUGCGGCCGCGUGGACAAGCUAGGCGUCUACACCAAGGUGUCCAACUACAACGAGUGGAUCACCAGAGUCCGUGAAGACUGGGACAGAACUCGAGGCCAGCAGGAACCGGUGCGUGUCAGAACCGCCUCCACCCACAGCGGUCGGUCCAGACCGGUAGGGAUGUAACGCACUUUAUAAAUAAACAGAUUCUGUCUCAA